AUGGAAGAGUACCCGGAAGAGUUGCGUACUCCGCCGGUGACGUUGGCGUCCCUGGUGGGGUGCCCGGAGCUUCAUAGUCUCAUCUCCACCCACUUCAUGUCGGCGCAGCCUCCCAUCAACACGCUUGCCCUCCCCGACGUCUCCAAAAUCAUCUACCUCUUCAACAACAAAACGGACUCCGAUCCAACUCCCACCGCACCGUCGCCCCUCGUUCCCGGCAUCUUCAAACGCGAUUGGCUCCUCAAACACCGCACCAAACUCCCCGCCAUCCUCGCCGCUCUCUUCCCCUCCCACCACCUCACCGGUGACCCCGCUCAGUGGCAACAACUCUGCUCCGAUCUAGAUUCCAUCAAGGCUGUGAUUCGCGGGAGGAACAUCAAGUUUGCGGUGGUUGUCGUUGUGAAUGACAAUGUGGAUGAGAUUAGCGAAGAUAGAAUGAUUGCCUUGCGGAAGCGAGCGGAGGUAGAUGCCAAAUAUGUUAUCGUUUUGAACCCUAAUGACGCUGCCAAUCUUAAACUCUCUCUUCACAGGAUGGCGAGUACAUUUUCCGAAUUGGCCGUCGCGUAUUAUAGAGAAGAAGGGAGAAGGGUUAAGCAGCGGAUAGAGAAGAAAAAUGUUAACUCGGUUGAGUUGAUUGUUCGCUACUGCUUCAAAGUUGCUGUAUAUGCAGAAUUCCGAAGUGACUGGCCUGAAGCAUUGAAAUUUUAUGAGGAGGCCUAUCAUACGCUGCGAGAGAUUGUUGGGGUGACAACAAGGUUGCCAGCAGUACAACGCUUAGUUGAGAUAAAAACUAUAGCUGAACAAUUGCAUUUCAAAAUAUCAACUUUGUUACUGCACAGUGGGAAGGUUACAGAAGCAGUGGCAUGGUUUCGCCAGCACAAGAAUGCAUAUAAAAGGCUUGUUGGUGCACCAGAAGGAACAUUUCUUCACUGGGAAUGGAUGAGUAGGCAGUUUUUGGUAUUUGGUGAAUUGUUGGAGACAAGUUCGAAAACAACUCAAGGCUUUGCACCUAUUAUCCUAAGCACUUCAUCCAAACCUCUGUGUGAGUGGGAAUAUUAUCCUGCCUAUUACUACCAAUUAGCUGCUCAUUACUUGAGUGAGAAGAGAUCAGUACUGGAACUUGCAAUCUCAAUGUCAGAAACUAACAAUGAGAUUGAUAGUGUUGUUGAUUCUGUUGUUCCUUCAGUGUAUGUGGGUCAAUUUGCCCGGUUACUGGAGCAAGGAGAUAAUGUUGAUAUGCUACCUCUCACUGAUGAAGAAUACAUAUGCUAUGCUGUUUCCGAAGGAAAAAGGUUUCGAGAUUCACUUGAAAUUAUAGCUCUUCUUAAAAAAGCUUAUGAAUCCUACAGCAGUAUUAAAAUUAUGAGGAUGAGCUCGUUUUGUGGGUUCCAGAUGGCCAAAGAAUAUUUUGCUGAAGGUGACAUUGGUAAUGCAAAACAGAUUCUUGAUACUAUAGCAAGCCUAUACAGAAAAGAGGGAUGGGUAACUUUAUUAUGGGAUGUCUUGGGUUACUUGCGAGAAUGCUCUAGGAAAGUUGGUGCUAUUAAAGAUUUUGUGGAGUAUUCCCUUGAAAUGGCUGCUCUGCCAAUAUCAUCUGAUACUGGUGUCAGGCGAGACAUUGGUCUAGCUGGUCCUGCAAAUCUACUGCAAAGAGAAAUUGUACACAAUGAGGUUUUUGAGCUUGUCAACGGAGAUUCAGGAUUGGCAACAAAUGAACGCAUCAAUAAUCUCAAGAUCACAGAAGGUGAGUCACUUCAGCUUGAGGUGGAUCUUGUCAGUCCUCUUAGGUUGGUGAUGCUGGCAUCAGUUUCUUUUCAUGAACAAACAGUCAAGCCUGGGGCAUCAACUUUGAUAACAAUAUCACUUCUUUCACGCCUACCGCUUACUGUUGAUAUUGAUGGAUUAGAAAUCCAAUUCAACCAAUCAAAUUGCAAUUUCUUGAUUACAAAUGGCCAAAAAUCUCAAUUAGUAGAAGUAAGUGAUGGUAUUCAACAGCAUCGAACGGAGAUUGCACCAUCUCUAUCACUUCAAUCAAACAAAUGGCUAAGGUUGACCUAUGACGUCCAAACUGAUAAAAGUGGAAAACUUGAAUGCUUAUCUGUUAUUGCGAAAAUUGGAUCACACUUGUCAAUCUGCUGCAGAGCUGAAAGCCCUGCUUCACUGGAUAGUUUACCGCUUUGGACAUUGGGGGAUUUUGUACAAACUGUUCCAAUAAAAGAUCCAAUUCUUGUGUUAUCUGGUCAAAAGUCCACCCAAGUUGAAGAACCGGACCCACUGGUAGAUCUGCAUCUUGGUGCCUCAGGUCCUGCAUUGGUGGGAGAAGUUUUUUUGGUACCAGUAACAUUGGUUUCCAAAGGACAUGAUGUCUACUCAGGUGAAUUGAAGAUCAAUCUCGUGGAUGUGAAGGGAGGUGGCUUGUUUAGUCCAAGGGACAAUGAGCCACAUGCCAUGGACAGUCAUCAUGUUCAGCUGCUUGGUAUAUCUGGACCAGAAGGAGAAGAUGAUUCUCAAUUAGAUUCUGACAAAAUAAAGAAAAUACAGCAAUCAUUUGGAUUAAUUUCUGUUCCCAUUAUUAAAAAUGGAGAUUCCUGGUCAUGCAAAUUAGAAAUCAAGUGGCACCGACCUAAACCUAUAAUGUUAUAUGUGUCUUUGGGUUAUAGUCCUUACAGUGAUGAAUUAAAUACACAGACAGUCCAUGUUCACAAGAAUUUGCAAAUUGAGGGGCACAAUGCUAUUGUUCUUUACCAUCAGUAUUUGAUGCCAUUCAGACAAGACCCAUUGUUACUCUCCAAGAACAAGAAAGCCUCGGAAUCUGAUCAUUCAGAAUCACUGCCCUUGAAUCAAAAGAAUGUUCUUGUUGUUAGUGCAAAAAACUGCACUGAGUUGCCGUUAAGGUUAAAGUCCAUGUCCAUAGAAGUAGAGGAUAAUGCUGAAAGGACGUGCUCUAUUCAACAUGGAAGUGAGGAGCUUGCAAAUCCCGCACUUCUUGUUCCCGGGGAAGAGUUCAAGAAGGUUUUCUCAGUCAGUUCCAAUAAGAACAAGUCCAAGCUCAGUCUAGGAACUGUGUGUCUGAGAUGGAGGAGAGACCUUGGGGUUGAAGAGCAAUGUGCUACUACUUCAACAUUAUCUUGGGUUGUGACUAAACAAAAGCUGCCAAAUGUGAACUUGGAGUUACCUCCAUUGAUUGUUAGUUUUGAAUGCCCCCCGUAUGCCGUCGUGGGAGAUCCCUUUACGUAUUAUAUUAGAAUUUCGAACCAAACACAAUUACUGCAAGAAAUCAAAUACUCACUUGGGGACGCGCAGAGUUUUGUAUUAUCCGGGUAUCACAAUGACACUAUAUAUGUUCUUCCAAAAUCUGAGCAUAUUCUCAGUUACAAACUUGUCCCACUUGUCUCGGGCAUGCAACAGUUACCUAAAUUUUCCAUGACUUCAGUAAGAUACUCAGCAGCAUACCAGCCUUCAAAUUCUUCAAAUUCUGUUUUUAUUUUCCCUUCCAAGCCUCAUUUCAAGGCUACAGUCUCAACUAACUCUAGGGUGGAGUCAGUUGUUAAUCUAUAG